AUCGAUUCACUGGGUUCGUUGCACCUUAACGGAAAGGAGGAGCAGAAAUAUACUUAUUUACGGAGCUAGUAUGGCAACGUGAAAAUAAUGUUUACCUCUCAGGGCAUUCAGCCCGUUUGUGUUGGCUUUAACAACACAAAAAACUGUUUUCUUCACCUCCCCUCCAAACUGAUAUCUCACCUUUCCUUGAACGAGAACCAAGCCUUGGAGCUGUCUUGGGACGAUGGACCUCCUGUGUUCCUCAGCUGGACUCAAAAAAGAACCUCCUCCAGUCUGGACGACUACAACGUGGAGUUGUGUCGGCAACUCGGAGAGAAGCUUGGCCUAAAAGAAGGAGAGCAGGGCUUUCUGAGAGCCUGCAACCAAGUUUCUUCAUUGAAUCAAGUGACCGUGGAGCCCCUCUCUUCUGAUGACUGGGAGAUCUUGGAGCUUCACAGCUCUGAACUGGAGCAGCAACUACUGGAUCAGAUCAGAGUGGUUUUCCAAGGAGCUGUACUUCCUGUUUGGGUGGACAAUCACACAGUCAUCUACAUCAGAGUAGCUUCGCUCUCCCCACUGGUGCCGUAUGGCCGCCUGGAGCAGUUCACAGAGCUCCUUGUGUCUCCAAAGCUCCGCACUGGAGUCAGCAACCUCCCCGAUUCUUCUGACUUAAAUCAAGUUGUGAAUUACUCCUCCCCCUCAGCGCCAUCGUCAGAGAGCACUUCCUCUUUCCCUCACAGCCAGCAAUGGGGUGGCAUAGCUGACUUAAAAAGCCUUCUCCGCCAUAUGAUAACGGGCUCUUAUGACCCGGUUAAAGAGCCACCGCCUGUACCCGACAUCCCAUCCCUCUUCCCUGACUCCACCUACAGAGUCUGCAACUCACCGCCCGACUCUCCGGGCAGCAUAAGCUACAUCCCCUCUGGUGUGAUCCACAUGUUUCCAUGGAGCCCUGCCCUGAACACCUCGCUAGUCGGGGGUCGGUCUCCCGUGACAUACGGCCUUCUCACUAAAGUUCCAUCCCCCAAAGAGGUGAGAGACAGAAAAAAGCAGACCGUGGAGAAAAAGAAGAAUGGAGGAGUUGGCAAAGAUGGCGCCCCCGCUAAAGAAGGGAAAGAAGAGGAAGGCCAGGUGGUCAGGGUAGUGUGCCAUAGCGUUGAUAUGCUGACGGACAGCAGGAUGUGUCACAGAAACAAAGAGAUCCACAGGGGAAGAGUAUGGAUCCCCGAGGCCAGCAAGUUAAAUAUUCCGCCACAUUCAGCAGUGAGGAUUAAACCUGUGAAAACAGCCGUCAAAGUGGCCUCUAAUAUUCGAUUACAGCCUCUGAAACCUCUGCCUGAGGAGAGUGAUGAGGAGAUCCAGGCCGCCUUCCUGGGCUGGCUCCACACGCAGAGCCAUCAGCCGCUGGCCUGUCUGAGCGAGCGCUCCGGCUCCGUCCUCCUGCACGGAAACGAGGCAAAGUUGGAGUUUGCUGUGACGGUGUUGAAACCGGAGCUGCAGAAUGACCCGGUGGACCAGCUCUUCCUCCUGACCCCCACCGUCCUCAAGAAGAGAGACAUACAGGUGGACAGGCGACCAGUAGAAAUUCCCGAUGGGAACGCUGUAGCCGGAGAGCCCCAAACAGAGCUUCCCUCCCUCAGUCUUCUUGGAGGGGUUGAUGAGCUGAGCAGGGCUGGAUUUGAGUUCAUCUCUCACAGCAUUCUGGGUAGUCCCCUCUCUAGAGAGCUCGGUAUCACUGGAAGAGGACUCCUAGGAGGAGCACUGCUCAUAACUGGUGCCAAGGGGAGUGGGAAGAGCACUUUGUCCCGAGCCCUGUGCAGGAAAGCCAGGGAGGAUUUGGACGCCCAUGUGGAGGCAGUUGACUGCAAAAUGCUACAAGGCAAAAAGGCAGAAACCGUGCGGCACAUUCUGCGGGACGUUUUUGAGCAGGCGGAGUGGAAACAGCCCGCCGUGGUUCUGCUGGACGACCUGGACCAUGUGACCCGGGCCCCUUCCUCCCCGGAGCAGGAGCACGGCCCGGAGGCGCUGCUGCGGCUGCACAUCGCUCAAAGUGUGAUGGAUGUGGUGGACGAGGUGGUGCUGGACUCCAGCCUGGUGUGCCUGGUCAUCACCAGCCAGAGCGAGGACUCGCUCCACCCGGCUCUGACCGAGGUGUCCGGGUCCCACUUCAUCCAGGGGACGGUCAACAUCCAGCCCCCAGACCAGGCCCAGAGGGCAGACAUCUUGCGUCAUUUGAUCCAGAGGAAGUCUCUCCUGUCCGAGGACACCUUACACAGUCUUGACCUCAUGGCCGUUGCCAAGGAGACGGAGGGAUUCAUGGCCCAAGACCUGGCUUUGCUGUUAGAGCGUGCCACUCACGCCCACACAGUGCAAAUGGGACUCUGUGACCAAGGUGCAUGUCUGUCGAACAGAGACUUUGCUCAGGCUCUAAAGGGAUUCACGCCCCCCUCGCUGUGGGGGGCAGACCUUCACAGACCAGGGGGGGCUGGACUGGAGCGGGUGGGGGGGCUGAGCGAUGUGCGGCAGCAGCUGAUGGACACGAUUCUGCUGCCCGCUAAGUAUCCCAUCCUCUUCUCCAAACUUCCCAUUCGGCAUCGCUCGGGAAUUCUGCUCUACGGAGCGCCCGGAACGGGGAAGACACUGCUGGCCAGGGCGGUGGCCAAAGACAGCGGGAUGAACUUCAUCAGCAUUAAGGGACCUGAACUUCUCAGUAAAUACAUUGGAGCGAGCGAGCAGGGAGUCCGGGACGUUUUCCAGAGGGCCCAAGCUGCCAAACCGUGCAUCCUGUUCUUCGAUGAGUUUGACUCUUUGGCUCCGAGGAGGGGCCACGACAGCACAGGCGUCACCGACCGCGUGGUCAACCAGCUGCUCACCCAGCUGGACGGCGUGGAGGGACUCCAGGGUGUUUAUGUGCUUGCAGCCACCAGCCGUCCAGAUUUAAUUGACCCAGCCCUGCUGAGACCUGGACGCCUGGACAAGUCCCUCUACUGCCCUCCUCCUGACCACGAGGCUCGUGUGGAGAUCCUGAGGGCCCUGAGCGAGGGCAUGCCGCUGGCGCCGGACGUGGACCUGGAGCAGCUGGCGGCGCUGACGGAGACGUUCACCGGCGCCGACCUGAAGGGGCUUCUGUACAGCGCCCUGCUGGAGGCCGUCCACAGCCGGCUGGGAACGGCCUCACCACAGGAGCUGAACUCGGGCUCAGACAGCAACAUGAGCCUGUCCUCCAUGAUUUUCCCGAACAACAGCAGCGGUUCAGAGGACUCAGCGGCAGAGGGAGACCAGCGCACGGGCCUGAACCAGUCCAUGGUUCUUCUGGAGCCCAGUGAGCUUCACGUGGAGGACGAGGAGUCCCACGGCAACAUCUGGAGGCUGUACUUCGGAAGUUCUUAUGAGUCCGAGUCAGGAAAUUCACCAAUUUCAAGACCGCAGAACUUGCCAUGCAACUCAGGACCCAACUCCAAGACACACAAAUUCCUGGGAGCAUCAGAUCAUGAGCCGGUUACCACUCUUCCUCCUGCUUACAUGUCCUCUAUCCAGAUAGGAUAUGAAGAACUUGCCCCAGAGAAGCUGGAGCGCCUCCAAGAAGACAUCAGUAAUAUCAAAAAGAGCUACAAGAGAGCAAAUGUAAUGGAUAGCAAUUAA